AUGUUUGCCAGUAUAAAAUCAACGCUUCAGCAUAUUUUUGACAAUUACGACUGUUUGCCGACUCUAUCUCUUUCGAUUAUAAUAGGCCAUUCUGCCACCAACCCAAAAGAGAUUUAUUUACUAAAAUUUGUCAAUUUGUACUCGGAUCGUAUGAGAAAGGUAGAUGAGAACACUGUCGUAACACAGUUGCAGCAAGAAGAUGCUGCAGAACGCCGGUUCUUAAGAUCGUUGAUUCAUACGAUGAGUGACGUACCCGCAGCCCCUAGUCGACUCCAUUUGCUCUUCCAGACAUUCAGAGAAAACCCUCCGCCAGAACUCAUUCCAAAACAAUUGUUCAAACUCAAUACAUCAAAAAUAUUGUCGCAAAAUAUUAUAUGUGAAGGACAAAGGAGGACUUUGUCUUCUGAAGCUUGCGAAAUGGAGGAUGUCUGCAUAAAAGUUGACCCACAAACAAUAGUGUUAAAAGGAUGCGAAGAGAAAGUCGAUGGUAAUGACAAUAAAAGCGACUGUGAGUACAAGAGCCUGACAGAUGAAACCCGGGAGAAUGGGUGUUCAGUGAAAUGUUCCGAAGAAACCGGUAAGGGACAAGAUAUAACUGGAAUACUGUACACUAAUUCGACAAAAAAUACAUAUUGCGAAGGCAAUAAAUCGGAUAAAUCGGGUAUCAAAAAACACGAAGAACUUUUGUGGGACACGAUUGAAAAACAAGCUAUAAAUGCACAAAAGCAGUUACAUGCUAGCAAUAAUAUAGAUUCAGGAACACACCUUAAAGAGAAAAGUCACAAUAGUCAAGAAGACGUACUUGGGCGUGAUACUAUUCUGUCCAAUGAUGCAUCAGCCUCUAGAACGCAUGAAUGCAGAUCCAACAAGUUUGAACAUUGGAAAGGAGCAAAGGAACAAACAACCUGCUCAAAUACGAAAUAUCAGAAUUCACAUUCGCAUUUUACUUAUGACGAAGAUGACUUGAUUUGGUACCAUUGUAAAGUCAGCGUUAAUGGAAUGGCAGCUUACUCCUUUGUUUUCGGAGAUUAA